AUGUGUAAGAUGAUAAACAGACAUAUCUUGACGUUGUUUGUAGUUAUUCUGUUUCUUGGAGCAUGCACAAAGCCUCCUCAGUCAUCACUGGUAACAGAGUACAGGGAAAAAGGUUCCUUGUAUCAUCUUCUCUACUCGACCAACGAAAUAGACAACUUAAGCUUGGGGGAGAAACUAAAGAUACCAUUGUUUGGCAUUUGCAUGUACUUUCAUUUCUACAUUGAAUACUUCACAGAAGAAUCUCUCCCACAAGCUCAGAUUCAUCUGCAUUUGUUGUGCGGAUUGUAUCUCCGCAAUCUAAUUGCAUCUUUGAUAGCUUUGGAUAGAGAGCGAGAAAGCUCAACCCUAGCUCUGGCUCAGCUGGCUUGCGUUUACCUCUGCAAUAUCCUUCUUCUAUCUUGA